UUUGCAUGAAUAUUGAUUCUUGAUAUUUUCUUAAUUUAUGUUUAUGGCCCAGGGGUAGUACUUUUAGCGAGGAGAGCGUGACGUGGCUAGGGAGGACGGUGAAUCCGCCUCCGCGAGUCUUAGAGCUAACAGCCCCCGGUUUGACAGAAUGAAUCAGCUCCAGCCACUAAUCUACGUUUGUCAACUUUCUUGUACCAUACCCUCAAAAAAAAACUUUCUUGUACCGCCACGUCUCGUCCGCCGCCCCGUUUCAUCGGACGCGCCGUCCAAAACCAGCAGCCCGCUCCCCGUUUCCCCCUAGGCCGCUCCUCCGUUUCGCCGCCUGUUUCGCGUCCCCGAUCGCGUAUAAAAAUGAUCUCCCCGCAGAGAUCACCGACAAGACGAGCCACUUGAGCAGUAAACCAGGUGCGGUGCAGAAGGAGAGAUCGAGAGAUCGAGAGAAAGAAAGCGAUCGAGGGGAGGAGCUAGGGGCUGCGAUGGCGUCGGCGGCGAGCAGGAAGGCGCCGUCGCUGGUGGUGGCGGCGAGCGUGGGCGCCGUGGAGGCGCUCAAGGACCAGGCGGGCCUGUGCUGCUGGGGCUACCCGCUCCGCUCGCUCUACCGCCACGCCGCCGCCGCGCCCAGAGUCCGCGCCCUGUCCGCCUCGCUCUCCGAGGCCACCGCGGCCGCCGCUCCCCGGCCGGUGCCUUUGUCCGCGGAGGACGCGAAGCUGCGAAAGGCGCACCACCUCGUCUGCUGGGGGCCCAACUGAGCUCCUCUUCUCCGCUUCAUGCCUCCGUCGGCACAUGAGCAUGCACAAGUAGCUGAUGAAUGCCUGUGCCAAUGGUGAUUGUUUCGCCAGAGAAAGCAGAGGCGUCACUGUGUGCAGCGCCGGUGAACCGCUCCGGCCUCGGAGGAGGCCGGACGGUUCAUCAACGCUGCACUCAAUGGCACCUUUGCGUCUCUUCCUCCUCUUCGUCUUCCCCAGUAGUAGUAUCUCGUUGCAUCUGGCUAGCUUAGCUUCCGUAGACGCAAGCAGGAAUCAUGGCUUAGUUUUUGAGACCGGGAGAUCCCCAUUAUUUGUAGUAAGGAGUAGUACGAGGCGAGAGCCUGGCGAUGGCGCCGGCUGUACUGCCGUGGGGAACUGACCAGCGUUGUUGUACUACAGAUCGUACUAUGCUUGUGUUGUGUCGACCUCCUUGAUUUAUCAUCUGGAUCUCAAAUCGGUGAGAGAUCCAUGAGCUCCAUCGAGCUGGCGAUGGCGUUUGGGCCAAUGAAAUGGUGACAGUACUACUACAUCA